GCGCCGUCGGAAAUAUUGAAGAGUCGAUUUUGAUCCCAUACCGAGAGCAUAUUGAAAAUCUUCUUCUCAAUGAAGAAUGAAGAAACAAAAUGUUCGCACGAUAUCUUUGAUCGUGUGUACAUUUACCUAUUUACUAGUUGGUGCGGCAGUGUUUGAUGCCCUCGAAUCGGAAACGGAAACUCUACGUUGUGAAGCACUACAAGCUGUCGAAAAUAUGAUUAUCGAAAAAUACAAUAUAUCGGAGGAGGAUUUUAAGGUAAUGGAAACGGUUGUAUUAAAAUCUGAACCACACAAAGCCGGAAAACAGUGGAAGUUUACAGGUGCAUUCUACUAUGCGACCACAGUAUUGACCACAAUUGGUUACGGUCAUUCGACCCCAAGCACAAUUGGUGGCAAAUUAUUUACCAUGUGUUAUGCAAUUGUAGGCAUACCACUGGGUCUGGUUAUGUUUCAAAGUAUUGGAGAAAGAGUUAAUAGACUGAGCAGUUUUGUUAUACAAGCUGUGAGAAAAUCAUUGCAUUGCAAACGAACUGCCGCCUCUGAAGUAGAUUUAAUAUGCGUUGUUACAACGCUUAGCUCCCUAACGAUAGCGGGUGGCGCAGCUGCAUUUUCCAAAUUUGAAGGUUGGAGCUAUUUUGAUUCAGUAUAUUACUGUUUUAUUACUUUAACUACAAUAGGUUUUGGAGAUAUGGUAGCUUUACAAAAAGAUAAUGCUCUUAACACUAAACCCGAAUAUGUUAUGUUUGCUUUAAUAUUCAUAUUGUUUGGUUUGGCCAUUGUGGCUGCUUCUUUAAAUCUUUUAGUCCUUAGAUUUGUUACCAUGAAUACGGAGGACGAGCGACGAGACGAGGCCCAAGCUAUGCAGGUAAUACAGGCUGAAGAUAUAUUUAUAUAUACAUUU